AUGUUUCCUCAAAGUGAUCAAGAAGUGGACGAUUUGACUGGGAAUAUGAGCCAUUUGGGGUUUCAUGAUUUAAAUACCCCCAAGCUUACUUCCCUAAAUAUGCAUUAUGGAUCCGCUAAAAACUGUGAAAAUGAAAAACCUUCUCCCAAGGCCCUAAUGGCACACAAAUCAGGUGAUCCGAAUGGUAAAGAUGCCUUGAAAGGCCGCAUCUCUUUGAACCAAUCGCCGAAGAAGCUACCUAAGGAUUUUUACGAACGUGCUUCUAAGAGUCAGACCCAGAGGGUCAUUACUGUAUGCCAGCUGUAUUUCCUUGAUUAUUAUUGUGAUAUGUUUGAUUACGUCAUCAGUAGAAGACAGCGUACGAAACAAGUGCUAAAAUAUCUCGAGCAGCAGAGAAACAUAAAAAAUGUGCCGAGUAAGACCUUAAAUGAAGAAUGGACAUCAUACUUGCAAAAAGAACAUGAAGUACUGAGAAAAAGGAGACUGAAGCCUAAGCACAAAGACUUUCAGAUACUAACACAAGUUGGGCAGGGCGGGUAUGGUCAAGUGUAUCUUGCAAAGAAAAAAGACAGUAAUGAAAUUUGUGCUUUGAAAAUACUUAACAAAAAAUUAUUAUUCAAGCUAAACGAAACAAACCAUGUUCUUACUGAAAGAGACAUACUGACCACAACUAGAUCAGCUUGGCUGGUAAAGCUACUUUAUGCAUUCCAAGAUGCAGAAAGUCUAUAUUUAGCAAUGGAAUUUGUGCCUGGUGGCGAUUUUCGUACUUUGUUAAUCAAUACACGAAUUUUGAAAAGUGGCCACGCAAGGUUUUAUAUCAGCGAAAUGUUUUGCGCUGUGAACGCUCUGCAUGAAUUGGGCUAUACUCAUCGGGAUUUAAAACCGGAGAAUUUUUUGGUUGAUGCUACAGGACAUAUUAAACUGACGGACUUUGGUUUAGCUGCAGGAACUGUAUCGAACGAAAGAAUCGAAAGUAUGAAGAUACGCUUAGAGGAAGUAAAAAAUUUAGAGUUUCCAGCCUUUACAGAAAGGUCUAUUGAGGAUAGAAGAAAAAUGUACCAUAACAUGAGGAAAACCGAAAUUAAUUAUGCUAAUUCGAUGGUUGGUUCGCCUGAUUAUAUGGCCUUGGAAGUUCUUGAAGGUAAAAAAUACGACUUCACAGUGGACUAUUGGUCGCUAGGAUGCAUGCUUUUUGAAAGUUUGGUUGGAUACACACCAUUUAGUGGUUCUUCCACCAACGAAACUUACGAAAACUUAAGAUAUUGGAAGAAAACUUUAAGAAGGCCUCGUACUGAAGAUGGACGGGCAGCAUUCUCUGAUAGAACUUGGAACUUGGUCACGAGACUAAUAGCAGACCCUAUCAAUAGAGUGCGAUCUUUUGAACAGGUUCGCAAAAUGCCGUACUUCACUGAGAUUAAUUUCGAAACAUUAAGAAGAAGCUCACCACCAUUUAUUCCUCAAUUAGAUAACGAAACGGAUGCAGGCUAUUUUGACGAUUUUACUAACGAAGAAGACAUGGCUAAAUACGCAGAUGUUUUCAAAAGACAAGAUAAAUUAUCUUCCAUGAUCGAUAACUCUUCUGUGAAUUCCAAAUUAGUUGGUUUUACCUUUAGACAUAGGGACGGGAAACAAGGUUCGAGUGGAAUUCUAUACAAUGGUUCGGAACAUUCAGAUCCUUUUUCAACCUUUUAUUAG